AUGGAAGCCAUUCUUAAUUCCACUCCUUCCAUCCCUCCAAUCCCAACUGCAUUUUUGAAUAAAAUUUUCAGAAAUCCCUCUCAAAUUGCCCCUUCUUCCAUCCCCUUACGGCUGAUAACAUCUUUCAAAGAUACCAUCUUUUUCGCGCUUUCUUCUUCUUCUUCUUCCUCUGCUUAUGCUGGUUUUAGUUUUUCAUCGAAACCAAGAGCAGGAACUCUCUAUUUAACUUCUACGACCAGUGCAUCCUUGCCUUUAACUUCUGGUAGCGCUAGGACCGGUCACCACCGCCAUUGGAUGGUGCUCGUGGAGGACCCUCCACAGCAGCUUAAUUCCAAACCUCAAAUUAUUGAUUUCUACGUCAAGACUCUUGAAAGGGUUGUUGGAAGUGAAACUGAUGCUCAGAUGUGUAUUUAUGAUGCUUCCUGCUCUACGAAUUUCGGGUUCUGUUGUGACAUUGAUGAAGAGGCAGCUGAUGAGCUAGCUCGUUUACCAGGUGUAAUAUCAGUGAAGCCAGACCUUGAUUUAAGCUCUAAAAGUAAAAAUUAUAGCCGCUCUGAGGCUCAGUCCAAUACUUCAGCAAGUUCAUACCAUGAUAGUCCAUUCUUAUUUCCACCUGGAACGUCUAAACACUGGAUUGUGCGUGUAGAGAAGCCACCUACUGUGCUAAUCACCAAGGUGCAGAUCAUCGAUUACUAUACCCGAUUUCUUACCAAAGUUUUGGGGAAUGAGAGUGAUGCUCAAAUGUGCAUAUAUCACGUGUCAACGCUCUUCAAUUAUGGAUUCUGUUGUGAACUUGAUGACGCAUGCGCACAAGAGUUAGCUGGCGUGCCUGGUGUUCUUUCGGUUCAUCCAGAUGCAAAUUUUGAGUCUGAUGACAAAGAUUACAGAGGUGAAAAUUUAAACAGUAGUAAUCUUCAAGAUUCUGCAUCACCAAAUCAAGUGCCUAACGUCCAGACGAAGAAGUUAUUCGUUACUGGUCUAUCAUUUUAUACUUCGGAGAAGACUUUACGAGCAGCUUUUGAAGGUUUUGGUGAACUUGUUGAAGUGAAAGUUAUAAUGGACAAGAUUUCUAAGAGAUCCAAAGGCUAUGCAUUCGUAGAGUACACCACUGAGGAGGCUGCAGGAACUGCCCUUAGAGAGAUGAAUGGAAAGAUUAUAAAUGGGUGGAUGAUAACAGUUGAUGUUGCAAAGACUAGACCUCCAAGAUAUUCUAGAGGACAACCUAGAGCAGCUACCUGA